AUGUCCGCCCGGGGCUUCCUGAUCCCCACCUUGCGCGCCCUCUUGAUCGCGUUCGCGCUCUUCGAGGCCGUCAACAUCCGGCUGUACGCGGUCCGCACCUACGGCCGCGUCAUCCACGAAUUUGACCCGUGGUUCAACUUCCGCGCCGCCGAGUACAUGGUCGCGCACGGCUGGGGCGCCUUUCAGGCGUGGUACGACCACGAGGUGUGGUACCCGCUCGGGCGGCACGUCGGCUCGACGACGUACCCCGGCCUGCAGCUCACCGCCUGGGGCGUCCACAGCGCGCUCGCGGCGGUUGGCCGGCCCGCCUCGCUCAACGAUGUGUGCGUCUUUUUGCCCGCCGGCUUUGGCGCGCUCGCGGCGGGCUUCACGGGGCUGCUGGCGUGGGAG